AUGAUCAGGAGCUCACUGGGUUCUUUCAAGAGGUUUUAUUCAGCCAGUCCCAGUGCAAUUGCAUCCCAAAAAUUGGCACAAGGUCGUUUACCAUCUAUUCCAACACCUAGAAAUAUCAAGGCCCAUUUAGAUGAUUAUAUCGUUGGUCAAGAUAAGAGUAAGAAAGUGUUGAGUGUUGCUGUCUAUAACCAUUAUUUGAGGAAUCAUGAUAAGAGCAGGAAGAGUGAGCUGCAAAAGGCUCGUACUUUGAUUUGGGAAGAGACCCAAAGACGUGAGAAAGAAAGGCAAGAUAAAUUAGGAUAUGAGAGUAGUGAAUCUAAAGCGGGUCUUAAAAAUUUACAACAGCAACUGUUGGCCCACCCUGAUGAUGAUCUAGUGCUUAGCAAGAGUAAUCUUAUGAUGAUUGGUCCAUCUGGCUCUGGUAAAACUUUAAUGGCAACUACUUUGGCAAAAAUGUUAGAUGUACCUAUCGCCAUCACGGAUUGCACCCAGUUGACCCAGGCAGGCUAUAUUGGUGAUAGUGUUGAAGUAUGUAUAGAGAGGCUUUUGGUUAAUGCUGAUUUUGAUGUUUCCAAAGCAGAACGUGGUAUAAUCGUAUUAGAUGAAGUUGAUAAGUUAGCUAAACCAGCGGCAAAUAUUGGUACCAAGGAUGUAUCUGGGGAAGGUGUACAACAAGCACUUCUAAAAAUCAUCGAAGGUCAUAAUGUAGAGGUAACCGUUAAACGUCCAGUUAAACAAGGAACCGAUAAUAAAAACAAUCAGACUGCCGCCAAAAAGGACGAAACCUUUGUGAUAGAUACGUCGAACAUUUUGUUCAUGAUUAUGGGGGCAUUUGUUGGAUUAGAUAAACGUAUUGUAAAGAGAGUCAAAGGAGAUAGAGGCCUUGACGAAUCAAAAGAGGAAAAGGAUUCGAAGGAAGAAAUUGAAAAACUAAGAUUUAGCAAUACCAUCGAACAGAUAGAUUUAGGUAAUGGUAAAAAGGAAACGGCAUUAAAUUUAGUUACACCGACUGACCUUAUAAGCUUUGGAUUAAUUCCUGAAUUAAUUGGCAGAGUUCCCAUAAUAACUGCAUUACAACCUUUAGAAAGAGAUGACUUAUACCAUAUUUUGAAAGAGCCUAAAAAUGCUUUAUUGGAACAGUACAGGUACAUCUUUAAACAGUUUGGUGUUCAAUUAUGCAUUACUGAAAAGGCACUUCAAAGAGUAGCUCAAUUUGCCCUAAGAGAAGGCACGGGUGCAAGAGGUCUAAGAGGUAUUAUGGAAAGAUUGUUAUUAAAUGUGAAUUACGAAUGCCCAGAUUCUGGUAUUUCAUACGCAUUAGUGACAGAGGAAACUGUGAACUCUUUACAAGAAAAAGACUAUUCAUUAAGCACAAACGUUGAUGUGAAAUAUUACUCUAGAGGUGAGCGAGACCAAUUUAUCGAGGACACAUAUAAAGAGGAUCCAAAAUUGGGCAAAGAAUUAGAUAGCCAAUUCGGUAGAAUUUCCACCAGGGAAAAAGAAGGCAAGCUAUAA